AAGUGCGCCAGGCUUGCGCUAUUCGAAUUACACCAUAUUCAGUGUUUUUUGUUAUACUGUUUGACAUACUAGAAACAUCACCUUCCUAGUACCUUUUGCUAGUAGGCACAACGCCCCGCCUAAAGCUAUUUUACUCUCUUUCGUUGGAGUACCGACAAUACAAAUCUGCGUCUGUACUGGUCAGGUGUGGAAGUGGGUUGGCUGCGCACGGUGGGCGUGGUUUUUUUAUAGAUAUCAUCUGUUGGGAGAUAAGGAUUCGGGAAUUGUUACCUCCGCACUGGUUUGUAAGAGAGCUGGCCCAUCGCUGGUGUGGUGUGUGUACCAACCAUGGCGGACGGCAGGCUCUCCAACACGAUCGUCGCCGCCUCGUGGCUGACGCUGCUCAGCAUACUGGCCGUCGUCAUCGCAUUCGCCACGCCCUGCUGGCUGGAAACGGACGGCAGCCUGGACCAUCCCAAGUUCGUGAAGCUCGGGCUGUGGACCGUCUGCUUUGAGGAUUUCCAAGAGCGACUACGACUGUACGAAAUGAGGUUCUCGGGCUGCCGUUGGGUUCUGGACGAGGAGUACCAAAUCAUCGACUAUCUGGUCCGACCACAAUUCUUCAUCGCAGUGCAGCUGUUCUUCACGCUGUGUUUCAUGGCGUGCCUGCUGUCGGGCGGCCUGGUGGUUCUCGCCGUCUGCUGCAUGGAUGACGAGCGAGAGGCCCUCUUCCUGCGUAUCAUCUCCGGCGUACUGGGCGUGGCAGCGGUGUGCGGCACCAUAUCGGUGAUCACGUUCGGAGUGCUGGGCGACUCCCGGGACUGGAUGCCAGACUACGACCACAACAACCUCUCCUGGAGCUUCGGUCUAGCGGCCACCGGCAGCAUCCUGCUGUACUUCGCGGCCAUCCUGUUCUGGGUGGAGGGCCGCCGUGAGAAUAAGCGGGACGGCUUCGGCUUCGGCGCGCCCCCCGUCGGCUACGAGCCGUCCUCGCAGGUGUGAGCCGCCGCCGCGACCGACGCCAGCGGCGCCGCUGGAGCCCGCAGCUGACGCCUGCCGACGCCUGCCGACGGGCGGCCAGGCCCGAGCGGCAGCCGGACCCCCGCAGCGGCCUUGUGUCGGCCUACCGGCGAAGGGCCGGCGGCCCUCGGCCACCGUCGGCCACUUCCGACUGGGGAAGGGCCGGAGUUCGAGAGGGCAGGCCGGCGGGCGGCGCUGGUGUGUGUCCGCACCACAGGUGCCGUGUCACACGCAGUUCUCCUUCUCAAAGAGUCAUGCGGGCUUGUAAGGCUUCAUUGCUUCUGACUGGCUGGCAGCUUUGGGGGGGAUUUAACACCCAGAGGUAACCUGCCUGCUCAUUGCACCGCCGGCUGGGGACCCCGAUUGGUACAUGCUUUUUGGAGGGUGGCGUGGGGUGGGGAGGUUAUUUUGUGUGUUUUGUAUGCAGCUACAACUUUAACUCUGGCAGCCUUUCAUGAGCAGACCAGGUGGUUCUGUUUUGUGAAGAGGCUUUUACUUGAGGGACAUCGUGGUACUGCUGAAGGGACCAUCCCUCCCAUAUUAAUUGCUGAGAUUUACAUUUUAGCAUGAUGCUCCGCAAGAUCUCGAAAGAAUCUUGUCUCCCAAACGAUACUCCAAAUUUGAUUGUACAAGGUGGAAACCAUGAAAAAGCAGUCACCUGAUCUUUGUUUAAAGUUUUAUCAGCAUUUGCGUUGCAGGAUUCCGCCGGUCGUGCCUGUAAUGGCAUUGUUACCAACCUUUCACAAUUAUUUGUGGAUAUAGUAGUAAUGAAAGCCCAUCUCAUUGUCUGAUCCCGAAAUUUUGCGUGAACAGACCGGUAACGGCGGCCGGAUCAGGUGAAUCAAAGUAGCCGGUAACCCGGGAGACAACUUCCGUCGAAACCUGAGGCGCGUCGUGUUGUGGAGUAGUUGGUAUGCAUGAGUGGUGCAGCAUUGUACAAGGCUGCGUUUUUGGAGACAUUUCUCAGUGUGAAUACUGUGGAGCGUGAUCCGUGCAAGCCAAGUUCCAUUGUAUCCGUCCAUGAUAACGUCUGGAACAGCACCGUCCAAUCUUCGAUCUGUUGUGAUUUUCUGGCCUCGAUGGAGAUACCCGACGUAUUUUUAUACGACCAUUGUAGCAUAUCUAUCGUCGUGUUUGUGCCGGUACACACCGUAUCUAUUCACAUGUAUCACGUAGUUCCUGGGGUGACGCCACCGUAGCGUAUGAGGGGCCACGCCGCCAACAGUCUUGGGAUUUCGCAGUGUCCGUGUGGUGAUAAUGGCAAAAUCUAUGGUCUGCUGUGCAAAGGGGAAACAACAGACGUCAGUCAAUUCCAAUGAAGCCCCCGUUGUGUUCAGUUAUCAGCUCGUGGCCUCGCUCCGUGACUACGUCAUAGGUGGCCAGCCGUUUUGGCUAGCUGCGCGUAUAGCGAAGUGUAGUUUUUCUUACACAGCAGAAGGGACGUGCUGCGUAGGCUGCUCAUUUCCCUCAUGCGACCCUGUUUGUGAAGUGUGACGUACUUUCGUGACACGAAUCUCUCCCGCGAAUCUUUACGUCUUGUUGCACACAUUGAGCGCUGUGUUCAUUGUACCUCACACGUUCGUAUAAUACAUUCAUGAAGAAGCG